AAGACCAUAUUAAUAUACAUUAUAGGUUUUUACAUGAAUUUGCUGAUCGAACGCAGCAAAAAAGAAGGUCUUCCCAAGGUGUAUGCCUUCAACACCUUCUUCUAUCCAAAGUUGAUGGAGUCGGGCCAUGCGUCCCUCAAAAGGUGGACCAGAAAGAUAGAUAUUUUCUCGCAGGACUUGAUCAUUGUUCCUGUACAUCUGGGCGUGCACUGGUGCAUGGCUAUAAUGGAUUUUAGGAGUAAAAGAGUUGAAUACUAUGACAGUAUGGGAAGUCAUAACAAUAAAUGUCUCACAGCUCUUCUCAAGUAUCUGGAAGAAGAAAGUAAAGAUAAAAAGAAAACGAUCGUUAUACAUAUAACGAUCAUAUCAAAUUUCUGGUGGAAUCAUCAUGAAAGUACCCAGAUGAGUCAUUAA